UACAACGACUCGGCUUCAGAUCGGGUGCUUGAUGGGAGCUCCACGCAGGCGGAUUCUUUGACGGUGGAAAGCUGUGCGAGUUUCUGUGAUGCAUCAGUAUAUUUUGGGGUCGAGUAUGGACGGGAAUGCUAUUGUGGCAGUGCGCUAAAGUCC